GAGGGGGGUCGCGCGCAGACCGGUUCACGCGCUUCCCCGCGGGGACCGGAAGCGGAAGCGGCGCGAGAAGCUGGGGGGAACCCGGAGGCUGAGAGGGAGCGAGGUGAUAACGUGUGAGAUUUCAGAACUGAAUUCUUCUUCAUGAUCUGAGCCCAACAUCUCUGCUGUGCCUGCGCUGCAGAGAAUUCCCAGCAAGGAAGUGGGGAGGGAUAUCAUACUACCUUGGAAUGUUUAAUUUGCCUGGUGAUGCAGUGAGGAGGAGUAGAGGAAUAUACACAGGAGCCAUGGAGGAGUCCCAUUUUAACUCCUCCUAUUUCUGGCCAGCUGUACCGACCGUGUCUGGGCAACAGAUAGAUAACUCCAUGUUCCUGAACAAAGUGAAAGAGCAGCUCAUUCAGGAGAAGGGCUGCAAUUUGAGCACACAUUACCCCACACUUCUGACUGUGCCGACGUCGAUGUCGAUGUCUUUGCCUGCUGGGAUCAGUCUGGAUGGAGAGAACAAGGUGGAGAUUCAUGGAAUCCCGCACAGCCAAGCUUCGGUCACGCAGAACAUCACAGUCCUCCCUGUCCCCACAACCGGGCUCAUGACCGCAACUGGCCUGGUGAUCACUUCCCCUUCUGGAUCUCUGGUGACCACACCGUCCUCGUCCUGCCAGACGUUCCCCAUCUCAGCCCCGUCUACCAUGAUCGUUUCUACUUUGCCUGGCACACAGACCCUACAAGUCAUGUCUGAGAUCGCCAAGGUUAAGCUUCCAGACGUUGGGGAUGGGGGCAACCAAAAAUCAGGGCGUGGCCGUAAGAAGAAGCGUAUCCCAGAACCCACACUACCAGAGCUUCAUGACCCUUAUGACCUGUCAAAUGAAGAUGAAGACGAUCAUCCCAAAGAUGGGAAGACAUACAGAUGCCGCAUGUGCUCAAUCACCUUCUUUUCAAAGUCGGAGAUGCAGAUUCACUCAAAGUCGCACACAGAGGCCAAGCCUCACAAGUGCCCGCAUUGCUCGAAAACCUUCGCCAACAGCUCCUACUUGGCCCAGCAUGUUCGCAUCCACUCGGGGGCCAAACCAUACACCUGCAGCUAUUGUCAGAAAGCCUUCCGCCAGCUCUCCCACCUCCAGCAGCACACACGGAUCCAUACGAAGGUCCAUAGUGUGGUGUCCAAGCCUCACAAGUGCCCGUACUGCUCCAAAUCCUUCGCCAACCGUUCCUACCUGACUCAGCACGUGCGCAUCCACUCAGGUGUCAAGCCGUACAACUGCCGCUUCUGUCUGAAGGCCUUCCGCCAGCUCUCUCACCUCCAGCAGCACACACGGAUCCACAUGAAGGUGCAUAGUGUGGUGUCCAAGCCUCACAAGUGCCCGCACUGCUCCAAAACCUUCGCCAACAGCUCCUACCUGGCCCAGCACUUGCGCAUCCACUCGGGGGCCAAGCCGUACAACUGCCGCUACUGUCAGAAGGCCUUCCGCCAGCUCUCUCACCUCCAGCAGCACACACGGAUUCAUACUGGGGACAGACCUUACAAAUGUGUCCACCCUGGAUGUGAGAAGGCAUUCACCCAGCUGUCCAAUCUGCAGUCUCACAGAAGGCAGCACAACAAAGAUAAACCUUUCAAGUGCCACAACUGUCACCGGGCGUAUACCGACGCUUCUGCGCUGGAGGUUCACCUGUCAACGCACACGGUCAAACAUGCGAAAGUGUAUACCUGUUCCAUCUGCAGCCGAGCGUACACUUCGGAGACCUAUCUGAUGAAACACAUGAGGAAACACAAUGCCCCAGAAUCCCAGCAGCCAACACAGGUUAUGACCUCACAAUCUCAUUUCACCCCUGUGUCCCAGGCCCCUACAUCUGAAGGACCCCAAUGCUCCUUCGACAUGAACCCCUUCAAGAAUGACCACCACAAAGACUUGUGUCUGACUGUUUCCACCAGUGCCAUCCAAGUGGAACAUCUCUCCAGCUCCUAGUUACGCACAAGGUGGGACCGAACAUCAGGGCAAGAUGGGAGAGAGGUCCAAGACGUGACAACAUGGGAAGUAUCAACAGGUCUGGGCCACGCCUCUCCCGGAGGGUUGGGGGAAAUAGAGAGACUAAAGUCCCAUUUUGGGCAGGAACUUUGGCCUUGCCAUAACACAGACGGCAGAGAAAACACACUCUAGUGCAGCCUCGGUAUAAUGGAGGCCUUCGAGCUGUUUUGGGGAUUGUUUUGAACCCAAACGCAAACCCAUGCUGCUUGCUGAUAGUAUGCAUUAACAUUACGCGGAGAGGCUGCAGUGCACAAA